CUUCUCUUGUUUUUUGUUGUUUAUGUUGUUGUUGUUAUUUUUGUUUUGUUUUCAUUUAUUGACAGUGCAGCUUUUUUUGUAAUUAUGUUUGACAUUUUAAAAAGUUUUUUUUGGGAAUUGUUAUUUUAAAAUUGUCAAAAUGUAAGUAGCAUUGCUUUCUUUGAAUGAAGUACAAAUCAGUUGAGAUUAUUUAAAUAUAAAUUUAUAUUAAAUUCCUUUCUUUUUUCAUUUCUUUUUUUUAUAUGUAUUCUUAUUUUUGUUUUUGUUCUCGUUGGUAGCAAUAAAAGUUAUUGGGCGGUUGUGUGGACGGUCUAGCAAAUUCAGUGCGUUCAAAAUUCUUAAAUGUUUAUAAUUGUCUGUGACUUGACUCCGUUCCACGGUCUGUUCUCUUAACACCAAGUUGCAUUCUAAUUUUUUAACAUCUGAUUGGCUAUCUUUUUAGAUCCAAGAAUAAAUAAAUAAAUUAAUAAAUAAGGAUCGACUCAACGUUUCUAAAACAUACACCCAUCGACAUAGAAAUGAUCUAUCUAGCACGAGUUAAGUGACAUGGAACAAUUCUUUUACCGACUGGUUGCUAUGGCAGUAUUGUUGUUGCUAUAUUUGGAUAUAAGCAGUUCAGCCAAUGAAAAGUUAGAUAAAGUAAAGAACAAGACGAAAGAACCUAAGGAAGAAUUAGAAAACAAAUAUAUAACAGAUCCUGCCAGCGCACAGUGGCAAAUUCAAUGUGGAAAAUUGAAUUGGUCAAUUAGCGAUGGAUGCAAUAUCUCUGGUCUACUGCAUUCGCUGUUAUUAAAUUACGAUAAAAGACUACGACCUUUAAUGGACAAGCAAACGCCAGUGACAGUGAUUGUUGGAUUUUGGAUUUUAUCAAUUGAUUCCAUCAAUGUUAUUGAUAUGGAUUAUCAAAUUGAUUUUUUCUUCCGUCAAAGCUGGCAAGAUCCGCGUUUAGAACAUUCUUACCCUCAAACGUUAACUGUUUCAAAUUCAAUGUUAGAAAAAAUCUGGGUUCCUGAUACAUAUUUUGAAAAUUCUAAAAACUCUCAUUUUCACGCUGUGACUGUUCCAAAUAAAAUGUUGAAAAUUAAACCGGAUGGGACGAUUAUGUACAAUGCCAGAAUAUCUGUCCGAGCCUCCUGUCCAAUGGAUUUGCGAAUGUUUCCCAUGGAUAUACAGGAGUGUAACCUAAACAUAGAGAGCUAUGGUUAUAGCACAAGAGAUAUAAAAUUUGAAUGGGAGAAAAGUGACUCCAGAAUAUCUAUCGGCACGAAAGUCCGUACCCUGCCACAGUAUAAUUUGACCGGCUUUAAAACGACAAGUAAAGAAACAGUUUACGUUGUUGGAAAUUGGUCUGGUUUAACUGCUACAUUUGUGUUAGAAAGGCGUACUGGUUAUUUCUUUCUUCAUUUAUAUGCACCAUGUGCUCUCAUCGUCAUGAUUUCAUGGAUCAGCUUCUGUAUUCCAAAAGAUUCAACAGCGGCACGUGUAGCUUUAGGGAUCACAUCAGUGCUGACAAUAACAACAAUUUUGAACAUGCUGAAUACAGCGAUGCCAAAAGUAUCUUAUAUUAAAGCAGUGGAUUGGUAUCUAAUAGUUAGUUUUUUGUUUGUGUUCGCCGUGUUGAUCGAGUAUACGUUAGUUUUGUAUUUAACUGAUAAAGAAAAGCAAUCAAGGAAUCAGAAGUUAGAACAAUUGAAGAAAAGUAGACUAAGGAAUGAAGGAAAAACGCCUGCAGUAGCAAAUGGACAUACAGCGAAUGGUAAAGCAACUGAAGUGCGUUCAAGAGCAUAUCAUAACAAUCAGAAGGAGACUUCAUUUGAUUGCUCAGAUAUCGAUAAGCAUUCGUAUCCUAGUAAACCACUGAUAGUUGUAUUAGAAGGAAAACAUUUCCCUCACAAUAGGCAUGCUGAUGUUGAUGAGGAUCAUUCAAUGUCCUUAAAAACAAACGUGGGAAGAUUUUUAUGUCAAUUUCGUGUCGAUAUUAUAGACGAAUAUUCUAGAAUGAUUUUUCCGAUUGCGUUUGCGACUUUCAAUACAGUGUAUUGGUUACUGUUCUUCAGUAAGAAGAGUAGUUCUAACCCAGGAUGAAAUAAUUCGUAUUUGAAGAAGUCGUGACAGACAUAGGAAUAGAUGCCGUUGUAAAGCGACCAAAAACGUUAUUAUGGCUGUUACCAACAUCAGCUGUACUUGUUGAUGUUAACGCAACAUAAAAAUAGGAAUCCGCAAGGUCGGUAAUUCGAUUUCAGAAAUGACUUAAAGAAGAAUUUAAAAAAGAAAUUUUUAAAAUUAUAUUUUUGUAUUUGUUACUGAAAAAUAAUGCAUUAUGCUCCAGUAGAAACAUUAUAUAAUAGAAGUGCAUCAGGUAUAAAGAUUGAAUGGGGAAAUGGGAGAUUGAUAACAGAAACAAAAUGGUAAAAAGGUGAAAGAGAAUGUGACUGCAGAAAGAAGAAGCAAACAGACAAUUAAAAUACUUCCAGUAUGUGUAAUGUUACUACGAUCAAAAUAAUUUGUUGAAUAUAUGUUUCUUAUUUAUCAAUAUACGGAGCAAUUGUUUUUCGAUGA